AUGCCGACCGACGCUGUGCUGGGAGGCAGUGUGCUGAACGCUGGGCCUUUAGGCGCCGAGACAACGUAUGGGAAGCUGCCACCUUUGAACCCGGAGGACCUGAAGCUGCCGCCGCCACCGCCAUCGGCAGCUGGUUGUGUGACAGACACUGCGAACGCCAUUUCGUUCCGUGAAGUGUGGGACGAGAUCAAAGUCAAGACGCGAGAGAUGAUUAUGGGCUCGUCCGUAUCUGGUGUCAUGUCAGCCAUGCGCAUGGCGAACUUGGUGAUGGCCGGCUGCAUGAUUGCUCUCGCUGUGGGUCAAGUGAUUGAGUCGAACUCGGCCUUCUCCGUCAUGGCAGAUGCUUUCUCGGUCAUCUAUACCAUUUUUUUCGCUCUGCUGUUGGUAGGCUACGAGCUCCGUACUGCCUACAUUGACAAGCUGCUGCGAGGUGGCUUUGGUUUCAUGUAUAGUCCCUGGGGUCGAUGUCUCUUUCUGAUCAUGAUCUCCAUUUUUCCGAUUGGCAUGUGCGGCAUCUAUGGCGUGCUCGUCUCGCUCACAGGCUUUGCCAACGCGUACUUCAACUACUUUGUGAUCACGAAGCACCCGUCGUUCACGCGCGGUGUCCCGGACUACACGCCUCCCGUCCAUACCCCUGUAGCCAACCCGACGACGGUCAAGGAAGAAACUGUGAACAAAACGCUGUGCGAGCGGAUGUGCAAGAAACAAGCCUGCGCCAUCCAGGUGUGUUUGCGGCGCCGCGAGUACCAAGAGAGCAAGUGUGCAGCGGUCAUCAAGCGAUACUACGACUGCUGCGCUGCUGCGACGAAAGCAGAGCAGAGGAGUCUGCAAGAUUAUGGGCAUCCUGUUGGUGCGGACGAGUAA